AUGGCGAAGAAACCAAAGCACCUUCGUCACCAGCCUCGUAAAUCUUCAUCUUCACAGGCUUUUACAGUUAUCACACUUCUACUCUUCUUCGUUCUGAUUCUUAUCGGUCUCGGAAUCAUUUCACUACCAAGCACUAGCACCAACUCUUCAAACCCGAUCGAUUUGACGACCACUGUACGGACAAGCGAAGAGAGGGAGAGUUAUGGAGACGAAGAAGACGGUAAUGGAGACCGUUGGGUCGAAAUUAUUUCUUGGGAGCCUCGAGCUUUCCUUUACCACAACUUCUUGACAAAUGAAGAAUGUGAGCACUUGAUUAGCCUCGCGAAACCUAGUAUGGAGAAGUCAAUGGUGGCUGACGUAAAAACCGGACGCAGCAAAGAAAGCAGAGUACGGACGAGUUCAGGGACUUUUCUUAGACGAGGACAUGACGAAAUCGUGCAAGAGAUCGAAAACAGGAUUUCAGAUUUCACCUUCAUUCCUGUAGAAAAUGGAGAAAGUCUUCAAGUUCUCCAUUAUGAAGUUGGGCAGAAAUAUGAGCCUCACCAUGACUAUUUCAUGGAUGAGUUCAACGUUAAAAGAGGAGGACAAAGAGUUGCUACUGUCCUUAUGUACCUGUCGGACGUUGAUGAAGGAGGCGAAACAGUUUUUCCUGCAGCCAAAGGAAACAUAAGUGAUGUCCCGUGGUGGAAUGAGCUCUCACAAUGUGGUAAAGAAGGACUCUCUGUUCUUCCAAAGAAAAGAGACGCUUUGCUCUUUUGGAGCAUGAAGCCUGACGCGUCUCUAGACCCUUCUAGUUUGCAUGGUGGUUGUCCAGUGAUUAAAGGAAACAAGUGGUCAUCAACCAAAUGGCUUCACGUUCACGAGUACGAAAAUUGA